CGCCUUGGCAAUGAAAAGAUUAAUUUUUUAGAAACAAUGACUUUAAGAAAAAACAUAGAAAAAGUUAUAAGAAUACGAAAUUACUCAAAUAAUCAUUUAUAAUCGGUUUUCUGCUUUUUAAAGUGGCCCAAUUAACAUUGUGUGAAACUGAUGAAAAUAUUCAAAUAAGUGUAGAAAACUUGGUAUAUAACGGAAUAAUUAUAUUUUUAUUGGCAAAAAAUAAAAUUUAACAUUGUAACAUUGUUAAUUAUGAUAUUAUACUCAUUAAUCAAAUCUCUAAUUUUAUUUUGUUGUAAUGAUAAGGCAACAGGAAUUAUUUAAUCAGGCGAUUAACCAAAAUAUAUAGCACAGGAAUCUUAGUAUGAUAUUCUGUCGAAUACUGUUAAGCACCUUUUGGCCUCACUAGGCAAAUUAUGAGGGGGAUGCCCACAAGGGGGAGUCACGUCCCCACUUAUGUGGAGUUUAGUAGUAGAUGAAAUCUUAUGCGAGUUGACGGAGCUCGGAAUACCCUGUCAAGGAUAUGGAGACGCAAAAGGAUGCUUCAAGAAUAUUCUCUGUUACAUAGUUCAAAGAGGAUUGAACUAUACAAAAAGGUGGUGUCGAUCUGGACAAUUCCUACCUAAUUUUCUUUACUAGGAAGAAAAAACCUAACCUCAAGACCAUCAAGCUAGACGAGAAAAUAUCUAGGACUCACACUAGACAAUAAACUUCUCUGGAACAAACAUGAAAAAGAGAUAAUCACCGAAGCCACAAAAACCCUGAUGUUAUGCAGAAACUUUGCAGGAAGUAAUUGGGGUUGUAACCCAAAGAUGUUACGGUGGAAAUACACGGAAAAUUGUGAGACCAAUCAUCACAUAGGGUACAGUGGUUUGGGGUACUAGAACUAGUCUGAAUACCACGAGGAACAAUAUCUCAAAGGUACAAAGACAGGCUUGCUUAUGUGCAACUUUGUCCAUGAAAUCUUGCCCAACAGUUGCACUAGAAGUGAUUCUAAAUCUACCAUCUCUCUACACAGCUCUGGAAAGCGUGGCAGAGAAAACAUAAACAAAGAAAACCCGUUCCUAGAUAAUGACCAACCCUGGGACAUGCCCCAGGACGUAACAGCGAAAAAAUUUAGCUUUGAAGAAACUUCACCUCAAUAGGAAACUGUAAAAGCAAAUGGAACAUUGAACCAGUAGAUGGAACUGGAAUAGUAGUGUACGGGCCCAGAACCAAACACUUUGAAAGCCUGGGCAGCAUUUUUAAAGCAAAAAUGUAUGCAAUUGGAAAGUGUUUUCGAUUCAAUCUAGAAAAGAACCAUCGCAAACUAGAAAUCAUCAUUUUGUCCGAUAGUCAAGCAGCCAUUACAGCUCUAAGCUCCAAUAACAUAAAAUCCAAACUCGUUUGGGAUUGCCUAGAGAAAUUAACCGAGCUAGGCAAGAAAAAUAAAAUUACCCUUGAUUCCAGGACACAUCGAAGCGAAGGGAAAUAGCUGAUAAGCUCGCUAAAGCGGAGGUAUGGGGCCUGAACCCUUCUGUAGUAUCAGCUACAGAUAAAUGGAAAAAGCACUGGAAAAGUUGGUAGAUAGGAGCAAAAUUAAUUAUUGGGACAAGCUACAAGAACUGAAAUAGGCAAAGACUUUUCUGGGAAACUAUAACCAGAGUAGUAUCUGCAGGACAAAACCCCUUUCCACAUUCUCUCGAAAUGUGAAACAUUAAGGAAUUCCAGAGCACUACGAGCGUAUGAAGUAGAAGACGAAAAUCUCUGGUAAUUAAAGCCAUCUCACAUUCUAGACUUUUUAAAAGUGGGAUUGAUGGGUCAGUUGUAAACACUGGGUUCUCCAGUAUCGCAUCAAGAAAGGGGGACACAAUAAGUACUUUGGAUCGUGUAUAAGUGUUCAAACCGGUCAUUGAUCAAUCACAGAUGAAGUCUUAGAUGACCGUCAUCUAUCACGGAAGAGUCUACCUUGUAAGUAAAGUUAAGAGACUCUAUAGCAAUAAUUUUGGCUACAUUGAUGGAUUUGCUUCUUUCUUACACUCCAACUCAAACCUAGAGUACACCGUUUCAGCUGUUAUGGCUUGUAUGGUAUCUGAGAUUACGCAUAUCUUCAAUAUUCAACUCUAUAUUGGGAACUACUGCCUUGCCAUAAUUCUAGAGCAUUGUAGAACCUCAAGUUUCUUACAAUGUCCAACUUCUGUCCAGUUACAGUUAAUGUUUUAUAGAAAUAUCUAGAAAAAUAGUUCAAGAAUCGUUUACACGAUAAUACAUAAACCCACUUAUCAUCUUGCACUGUAUCAAACUAUGAACAACGCCAUUUAAUGGUGUUAAGCUGUGUACCCGUCCGAAUAUAGUUUCCAGUACAUCCUGUUAUGGACGGGCCGUAAGAUGGCGUGCGUAUUUAUGCAAAUAAUUCUAUUUAUAUUCAAAAUUCAUAUUAAUAAGAUUUUACAAAAGGCAUUACCAGUUCUGCUAGCUCUUAUUUCGUUUUUUUUAGAAUACCAAAUUCAACUGCUUUCGAAUUUUUAAUAAUUUAAUACAAAUUUUAAACAAUUUGCCAAAUUUUUUUCUAUAUUUACCGGACUACGUACAAAUUUAUCGGUUUUAUCGAAAUCGAAUGUCGAAGAAAACAAAAUUCUCAAUCGACAGUAAUUUACAAUGUGUUAAUAUCAUGGUGAAAAUUAAAAACAUAUUUUUUUUGUUUUCAUUCAUCUUGUAUUGUGAUAAUGUAGUGGCUUACAAAUAUUUAGGGGUAUUUCCCUUUUUCGCUAAGAGUCACUACUUCCUCGGCAACGAACUUAUGAAAGGAUUGGCAAAAGCAGGUCAUGAAGUUACCAUUUUGACAGUGUACGAAGAAAAAGAUCCACCGAACGAAAAUUAUAAACAAAUAGUUUUGAAAGAACUAUUAAGAGAUCAAAUAGCUCUAAUAACAAGAAAUACAAAAGCUAAUGCGGACACAUUCAAAGAUUACUUCUCGUAUCCAACGAAACAUUAUUUAAAUUUAAUAGAAAUAUUAGAUGCGAUAACAGAAAUGGUACUGAAUCAAACAGAAGUACAAAAAAUGAUUAAAGAAAAACCAAAAUUCGACGCAGUUAUCAUAACUCAUUUCAACUUGGAAGCUUUAAAAGCUCUAGCUCCGCAUUUCGGAGCUCAUCAAGUGAUUUUUUACAAUCACGGCGCGAGUAAUUGGAUAAAUCAUUUAGUCGGUACUCCGAAUAAUCCUUCAUUCGAUCCCGUGUUAAUUCUGGGUUAUACUGGACAUAUGAACUUUAAAGAAAGAUUGAUUAAUACUUGGUUUACCCUGAUGCAAUAUCUAGUUAAUAAAAUCAUUCAUUAUCCACACCAAAAUGGAUUAGUUCGUAAAUAUAUUUCCGAAAAUUUAGAUUUGAAUGAAAUAUUGUACAACGUCUCUUUAGCUUUAUACAAUUCCCAUGUCAGUUUCGAUCGACCGGUUGCGGCCGUACCCUGCGUCAAGGACAUCGCCGGGUUUCAUAUAAAACCUCCCAAAACUUUACCGGGUGAUUUACAAAAGUAUUUAGACGAAGUGAAUGAAGGCGUAAUAUAUUUCAGUUUAGGUUCGCAAGUCAAAAGUAUUGAUUUACCUUUACCAAUAAGGGAUGGUAUAAUGGAAGCUUUUUCUAAACGUAAAGAACGAAUUAUAUGGAAAUUUGAAGAUGACAGUUUACCUGGUAAACCGGAAAACGUCAAAAUAGAAAAAUGGGUACCUCAAAUGGAAUUAUUAGCGCAUCCAAAUGUAAAACUGUUCAUAACCCAUGGGGGAAUAUUAAGCAGCAUAGAAGCCGUAUACCAUGGAAUACCUCUUAUAACUAUACCUAUUUUGGGAGAUCAAUUGAAAAAUGCCAUUCUAGCUGAGAGCUUAGGGUAUUCUAAAACCAUUUAUAUGAAUGAUUUGAACGAUAAGCAUCUAUCGGCAGCCAUCGAAGAAGUCCUAUCUGAUAAAAAGUUUGCAGAAAAGGCGAAGGCUCGUUCAAAGGCUUACCACGAUCGACCUAUGGAUCCAAUGAACGAAACUAUUUAUUGGUUAGAGUACAUUGUGAGGCAUAACGGGGCCCCACAUCUUAGAGUACCACAACUAGAUUUAGCUUGGUAUCAAUAUUAUUUAUUAGACGUUUUCGCUUUUAUAUUUUUAAUCACAUUUUUAAUGAUUUAUUUGAUUAGAAUGGUUGCGAAAACUAUUUAUCGUGUUUUGUGUUUUUGUUGUCGUUUAAAAAAAGUUAAAAAACAAGUUUUGGGAAUAUUUCCGUUCAUUUCUCCGAGCCAUUUUUAUAUGGGAACGGAGUUGAUGAAAGGUAUAGCUGAACACGGUCAUGACGUUACCAUGUUGACUGUAUUUGAAGAUAAAAACUUACCAAAAAACGGUUCUUAUAGACAAAUUAUCCUCGAUAAAGCUUUAGCAGAUCAACAAACGAUGCUCCAAGAAGUAACACAAAUUGACGACAAAAAGAUGAAGACUCCUCUAACCGCUUUGAAGAUGUUCAAUCGCUUCGGUUCAGUUGUAUCCGAAGCGGCAUUCAACGAUCCAAAACUACAAAAAAUUCUCAAAUCGAAAGAUAAAUUCGAUUGUGUCAUCGUUCCUCAAUUUACUUUCGAAGCGAUCAAAGCUAUAGCCGCGCAUUUUAACACGCACCUCGUCGUAUUUUCAAUUUUUCCGGCGAAUACUUUCCUUAAUCAUUUCAUCGGGAAUCCGAGUUUACCUUCCAUUAACACGGAGAUGGUGUUGGGUUACGUGCACGAAAUGAGCUUUUUACAAAGGUGUCUCAAUACUUUAUUCAGCGUGGCUUUUUAUUUGAACCGACAAUUCAUUCUUUAUCCCGAACAAGCGGAGCUGGUCCGCAAAUACAUCUCCAAAGAUUUGGAUUUAUACAAGAUACAGUACAACACGUCUUUGUUUUUGAUGAACGCCCAUCCUACGAUUAACACCGCGACCAGCUCAGUACCUAGUAUGGUGGAUAUAGGUGGUUUCCACAUCAGACCUCCGAAGGAAUUGCCGGACGAUUUAAAAGAAAUCUUCGAUAAAUCUAAACACGGCGUUAUACUUUUCAGUAUGGGAACAAAUAUGAAAAGCGCUAAUUUCCCCAAACAAUUGAAAGAUGAUUUGUUCAAGGCAUUUUCUAAAAGAAAAGAGACGAUCUUGUGGAAAUUAGAGGAAGAUAUAACAGUUGGAAAACCUCCAAAUGUGAUUAUUCGGAAACGUUUUCCUCAAUCUGAUAUAUUAGCACAUCCGAAAACUAAGCUUUUCAUUACGCACGGAGGUUUUUUAAGUACCAUCGAAACUAUUUAUCAUGGAGUACCGGCCGUAGCUAUACCAGUCGUCGGUGAUCAGAUUUUGAAUAGUAGAUUAAUAGAAUCCAUGGGCAUGUCGACUACUGUAAAUUUCGCUAAACUUGACGAAGAAAGUAUAAGUGCUGCUAUCGAGGAAGUAUUGAGUAAUAAAAAAUAUGCAGAAAACGCGAAGUUUCGUCGAGAAUUGUACCACGAUAGACCGAGGACACCUUUAGAAGAAGCUGUUUAUUGGAUAGAAUACGUUAUUCGACACAAAGGAGCCCAUCAUCUUAGAGUUAAUUAUUUGAAUCUCUAUUGGUUCCAGUUUUAUAUGUUGGAUGUAUAUGCUUUCUAUUUUACCGUUAUUUUCUCUAUUUAUUAUAUUAUAAAGUUGUUGAUAAAAAAAUUGUUUUCGAAAAAAAAGACGGUCGGUAGCAAAAAGGAGGAUUAAGACUGUAUUCGAUUUAUGUGAAUAAUUACAGUUAUUUUUUUUUA